AGCCUAGCUUUACCGUGUGGCCCUAGCCGCCUGCCCUGGAGCCUGCCCAGAUCCUCACCCAUCCUCAGCCAUGGCUCCGAUGCCUUUCUCAUGGCUGCUCCGCUUCGCUGCCCUCUGCCAUCUGACCAUCCUAUUGGCAGGACAGCACUUCGGUGUGACCAAAUGCAACAUCACGUGCAACAAGAUGACCUCGGAGAUACCCGUGACUUUACUUGUCCACUAUCAACGUAACCAAGAAUCCUGCGGCAAAUCCGCCAUCAUCCUGACGACAAAAAAGGAAAGGCUCUUCUGUGCUGAUCCAAAUGAAGAAUGGGUGCAAAAAGCGAUGCAGUACCUGAACCAGCAGGCUGCUGCUCUGGCUCAAAACAGCGGCACAUUUGAGAAGCAAAUCGGUGUGGAAAAGCCGAGUACCACCACGGCCACCAGGGGAGUGCACGAGUCUGCAGUGUCAAAGCCCAAAGACACAUGGCAAAGCAAUAGUAUGGAGCUGACUUCUCCUUCCCAGGAGGCACAGAAGGCCCUGGGGACUUCCCUAGAGCUGCCAGUGGGAGUGGCUGGUUCCUCAGGGACUAGGGCCCCCUCCAUUUUAAAGGCUCAGAAUGGAGGGCCUCCAUCUGGUCCUGAGGGCAUGGAGAUUUUCAACAUGGCUGCAGUCUCCACGGCCAUAGCUUGGCAGAGUUCUGCUGCCUACCAGCCAGGGUCUGGCCUCUGGGCUGAGGGAAAGGCCUCUGAGGCCCCCUCUACUGAGCCCCCCUCCACCCAGACCCCCACCACUGAGCCCCCCUCCACCCAGAUCCCCUCUACUGAGCCCCCCUCCACCCAGAUCCCCUCUACUGAGCCCCCCUCCAUUCAGACCCCCACCAGGGAACUGAGCCCCAGGCUUGAGAACUCUCUAGGGCCUGAGGAGAUGGGUCCUGUUCCAGCUCACACAGAUGCUCUCCAGGACUGGGGACCUGGUAGCAUGACCCAUGCUUCUGUGGUCCCCGUAUCCUCCAAAGGGAUCCCCAGCAGGGAGCCAGUGGCCUCAGCCAGCCGGAGCUCCAAGGCUGAGGAGCCCAUCCAUGCCACUGUGGACCCACAGAGGCUGGGUGUCCUUAUCACUCCCGUCCCUGACUCCCAGGUGGCCACCCGGAGGCAAGCGGUGGGGCUGCUGGCCUUCCUUGGUCUCCUCUUUGGCCUGGGGGUGGCCAUGUUUGCCUACCAUAGCCUCCAGGGCUGCCCCAGCAAGAUGGCAGGGGAGGUGGUAGAAGGCCUUCGCUAUGUUCCCCGGGGCUGUGGCAGUAACUCGUAUGUCCUGGUGCCAGUGUGAGCUGCCCACCUGCCUGUGUCCAGUUGUUCAACUCAGACAGCUACUUGGGGCCCCCCACUCUCAUACUUACCCUCAUCCAAGGCCUGGCCUGAGCUGGGAUGAUCAGAGGAGGGAGGCGGGAUCUCCUAGGUGCCAGCUGCUCCAAGCUCCCAGGCACACCCCAGGAGGCCAACCUUGACCAUACUGGGCCUGCCGGGGACAGAGAGGGUGGUCUUCCAACUCACCCAAAUCCAAAAACUCUCCUCUUUGCUACUAUCCCAGCCGCAGUGAACAAUCAUUUACUGAAUGCCCCCCUGUGAGUGCCCUGAUCAUCCCAUCUCAUGAAUGAGCAUCAGGCCAGGCCCCUAUUGCCUGCUCCCUCAGACCUCCUCGUGUCCCGUGGUCCUGCUGCAGUCACCAGUCAUCCCGGCCACCUGCGGUGCUAUCGCCCCCUAUACCCUGUACAGAGCCCAGGCCCCAGCCGAGGAUGUAUCUUAUCUGGCUUGAGGCUGGUGGGUGGUUUCUGGAACUGCCCCCAGUGAAGGUCCUGCCCUCAGUCAGGCAUCGUGGAAGGAGAGGAGAGUUUUUCAGGUGGCUCUGAUGUUCCUCCGUCUCAGUGUACACUGUGCAGUGAAGGAAUAUUGACCGUGAGUCUGAAGGCUGGGGUCUAGGCCCAGCUCCACCACCAACCCAGCAAGGCAUCCCCAUCUGUGAAGGGAAAGAGGGGUGGCAGACAUGUGGCAAUAACCUAUACCCCAAGAUCACUAAUUGAUGCUGAGACUCUUUUCCCCAGACCCUGGAUGCAGCUUCACCAUAGACAGUUACUGCCAAUUGAUUAGAUUGGCACCUCUUUGGACCCUAUGACCUGGAGUGCCUGCAAGGGAUUGAUUUGAUAGCGCAUGUCCUGCCCCAGGGAGUCCUUAAGUGGGUGCUGGGCUGGGAGACUUGAGGGAGCAGAGACCAACUCCGAAGGCCCUCCCUGUCUCUGCCAGGCUCACACCCUGCCACUGAGCCAGCCCAGAGCCCUGCCUCAUCAAGAGAAGGCCCCAAGCCCUGCUGCUGCAUUAGGGAUUUGUGCGGGUGGCUGGGCUCCAUGUCCCCUGUGGUCCCACACCCUCCUGGGUUCUCUCCUGUGAACUGGGUCCCCGCACCUCUCUCACUCCCUAGAAACACUGUUCUCUGCACUUCAGGAUUUUCUCCCCUCACCUUUGUCCCCACUGCAGGCAGGGCCAGGAAUUUCCCUCACAUUUUCCCUGAGUCCUCUGUUUAUUUCUGUAUUUGUGAAAGGGACUCUGUGGGAAGGAGGAGAGGGGUCCGAGGGAGAGGGAAGUUGUGGCUGUCAAGCUGGGGGUUUCCUUUUCGUCUGCUGAAGACUCAAGUGUGCCUGGACAGGGCUUGAGCUGAUGGGGCUAGCCAGUCCCUCACUGUCAGAGCUGGCCCUGCAGGCCUUGCUCCCCAGGGUGCCUGGUGGCAGCUCACCCAUCCCUCUGAUUGUCCCCAAGGGUGACCCUUGCCCUCCACCUGAAGAACCUCUCAUGGGCUGGGCUUCAUCCAGGUGCAAGCAACACACUCCUUCGCAGAUGGAUGCUCACAGGAAGAAAACACGGCUCUAGUCCACGAGAGGGGGAAUCCAAGCCGCCCUGUCCACCUGGCCUCCUGCAGGGUACAUCUGGGAAGCUCAGAGCCUGGCUUGAGUGGGGGUCGCUCUGACAGUCCAGAGAGGGUGAGAGCAGGUAUGAAUGCACUUUGUUCCGGCUACCGCAGGCUGGGAGAGCCUUCAAGGGGAAAGCUCUCACUUUGUGAGGAAGCUGCUGGGGGCAGCUGGCCCCCUCCCAUGAACUUUGUUAGGUCCUCCAAGCAGGACAUGAACAAGGACAAUUUGGGGAGGACUUUGGAAGAAGUUGGUUGAUCUUUUUGUUUUUCCAUCCGUCAUUACCAAUGUCUGUGCCAUUUUGUAUUUUAUUAAUAAAAUUUGAAAGUCUCGUGAAUCA